GUGGUAAUUGCUUGUGCCGAAGCUGUCCUGGACUGUGCGCCCGGUCAAAUUCCACAACAUGGUGGACAUGUAAAUGCAUUCGCACCAUACGAGUUCGGCUUGUCUCUAUUUGAAAGUACUAUAAGCCACAAUCUCAUGAGACUUCUGCGCAAAAUCGAUGCUGAGCCUAGAGGACGUGAGGCUAUACCUGAUCAGGAAGUUAUGGACUUCAGAUGAUUAAGCAGGCAUGUGAUUGGGAUCCGACGCGUCGCGUUAUGAAAUGGCCAGUUCGAAGCAGCGGCGGAAAACUCAGCGAACCACGUUGGGUUCGACAUGUCUGGCCUGGAAGGGGACUCUUCUGACUACUUUGACAAUGAUCUCGGGGAUUUUAUUGUUGUUGAUGACUCUGAUGCUGCGGCCACCUCGACCGAUCGGGGAUCUCCCUGGCCAGCCAAGCGCCGUCGCCUAAAGGCUGACAAGCAAACCUCAUCACGUCGAAAGAUCCAAAAUGACCGACAUAACACUCGGGAGAGCUCGGAUAUUGCUAGCGAAGAGUGGGAUGAGGAAUUACAGUCCCCAUAUCAAACGUCGCAUUACUUCGAUGGUGCUCCGGAGCCCGAUGCGCAAUCCAAGUAUAAAUUGUUCGUCCCGAAGAACAGAAAUGUCCAGGAAAACAUCUUUGUCACCCAACUCACGCAACCUCAAUCACCUCCGGAAAUGAUUCGGGGCCCACGCUGGAAGAAGCCGGCCUCAGAAUUUACCCCUCUGGCCGUCAGUCCGGCAACACGCGCAGUCAAUGGAAGUGGCGAUGGUAAUAGGACAAAUGACGAUUUUGACGAUGAUGACGCACUCAAAGCGGCCAUUGAGGCUUCAUUGCAAUCCUUCGAAGACGAAAAUUCUAACAAGUGUCAAGCCCAACCUCCGAAUAACCCUCAGCCUCCGUCAUUUGUUAGCACUUCAAGCGAACAUUCUGCCGAAGCUAUGGAUGUCCCAGAAGACUUUCUGAAUGACAUACCUGACGACGCUUUCGACUCAGACUUGUCAUUAUCUCCCUCUCCUCCAACCCACAGUCGACCAGUCUCAAUGACUUUUACGCAGAGUGCAAAUCGUCCACUGGGAGUUCGUCAGACAACUCUAUUUGACAUGACAGCUCGGAGCCCAGCAAAUCAGCCUCCACGUGGUGAGCAGUAUAUUUCACCACCUGAGAAGGUCGAACGUCCAACACAGCAUAGAUUGAACCAGGGAGCAAUGGAUACUUGGAUCUAUCCCACCAAUUUGGGGAAGACGAGAGAUUACCAGUUCAAUAUCGCCCAGCAAGGAUUAUUCCAUAACCUGCUCGUUGCGUUGCCCACGGGUCUAGGUAAAACAUUCAUCGCAGCCACCGUCAUGCUAAAUUGGUUUAGAUGGACCCAAGAUGCUCAGAUAAUCUUCGUUGCGCCCACAAAGCCGCUGGUCGCUCAACAGAUCGAUGCAUGCUUCCAUAUUGCAGGAAUUCCACGAUCCCAGACCACUAUGCUAACAGGCGAAGCUGCCCCUGGCAUUCGAGCCGAGGAAUGGAAGGCUAAACGCGUGUUCUUUAUGACCCCCCAGACCUUAAUCAAUGACUUAAAGACCGGGAUCGCAGACCCUAAGCGCAUCGUUUUGCUCGUUGUAGACGAGGCCCAUCGCGCGACAGGCGGCUAUGCCUACGUCGAAGUCGUCAAGUUUCUUCGACGCUACAACCAGAGCUUUCGUGUCCUCGCAUUGACUGCAACUCCUGGCUCGACGGUAGAGGCUGUCCAGGCAGUGAUCGACGGGUUGGAUAUUUCCCGGGUCGAAAUUCGCACAGAACAGUCCCUUGACAUCCGGGAAUAUGUUCACGCGAAGGACAUUGAAGUGCAAACCUUCCAGAAUUCGGAGGAAAUGGUCCUGUGUAUGGACCUAUUGACCCGGACACUUCAACCAUUGGUUGACCAGCUUCGAAGUCUGAAUGCUUACUGGGGCCGUGAUCCUAUGGGCCUCACUGCGUUUGGCUUGACUAAAGCGAGACAACAAUGGAUGAUGUCAGACGUUGGCCGAAAUGCACACUUUGGAUUGAAGGGCAAAGUAAAUGCUAUCUUCAGCGUUCUUGCUAGCCUUGCCCAUGGAAUUGACCUUCUCAAAUAUCACGGGAUAACUCCAUUCUACCGCCACCUUGCACACUUCCAAUCCAACACCGACGGACAGAAGGGGGGAAAAUAUCAGCGACAAGUUGUUCAAGAUGAAAGUUUCAAGAAAUUAAUGAACCACCUGCAACCAUGGACCAAAAACCCGGAGUUCAUCGGCCACCCAAAACUGGAAUACUUGAAGCAGGUUGUCCUUAAUCAUUUCAUGGACGCUGGUGAGGGUGCGGGUACCGGCAAAGACAAGGGGAAAGCGGCAACAAGAGUCAUGAUCUUCGUGCAUUUUCGAGACAGUGCAGAAGAGGUGACACGGGUCCUCAGCAGGUAUGAGCCGAUGAUCCGACCCCAUGUUUUCGUUGGGCAGAGUAGCGCCAAGGGCUCGGAAGGUAUGAACCAGAAAACCCAGUUGGACAUUGUGCAGAAAUUCAAAAGUGGCACAUACAACACGAUUGUUGCAACUUCAAUCGGUGAGGAAGGUCUUGAUAUCGGUGAAGUCGAUCUGAUUGUGUGUUACGACUCGUCCGCGUCACCGAUUCGCAUGCUUCAACGUAUGGGCCGUACCGGUCGUAAGCGAGCGGGUAACAUCGUGCUACUUCUUAUGCAAGGCAAGGAAGAAGAAUCAUAUAUUAAGGCAAAGGAUAAUUACGAGAAGAUGCAACAAAUGAUAGCCAGUGGUACUAGAUUCGCCUUCCAUGAAGACCAAUCCCCUCGCAUCCUUCCCCUGGGCGUCCGACCCACAGCUAACAAGCGGGCGAUUGAAAUACCUGCGGAGAACACCGUGCGAGAGCUGCCCGAGCCUAAGCGAAGAGGCCGUGCUCCCAAGAGACCGCCCAAGAAGUUUCACAUGCCGGAUAAUGUGGAAACAGGCUUUACAAAAGCGUCCAGUUUGGCUGAAGGCGGUAAACGUAGGGGGUCGAAGAAGAGCAGAGCUCGCACGCCGACUCCGGAGCCAGUCGAAAUCCCGGCGCUCGAAGAUGUCUUACUUACAUCAGCGCAGCAAACCGAGCUCAGUAUUCAUUAUGGCAAGGCAGGUCAGGCCCAUGCGCCGUCGAUUUUCAAUCCCAGGACUGACGCUUUUCCGCGCCUCCAACUCACCCCUCGGCCCAUCAAAGCAGUACAGCAUGGGUCUCUGACUCGUCGGAUGAUUGGGGCUUUGCAGAAAAUGGACCGAGUCUCUGCAGACUGUGAGCAGCAGUACAGGCGUGUCUUGGCGGUAAGCCUAGAGGAACCUCAGGAUACUAUUAGCACCACAUGCAGCAGUGAAAGGCUUGACAAACGAUCACAACGCAAGGUGUCUGAUUUUGGUCUCCCCGUUAAACGCAGGAAAAAUGGGGAAGGGAUUGGUCCCGAUGGGCAGCCGAGAACUCCAGGGAAUCAGGUCUCGACUGUGGCGAAAACAGCAGACGACUCAUUAUUUUGUUCACAGAUGACGGAUGACAUAGGUGAAGACUUCCCUGACAUGUCAACUCUUUUGGAUAGAGCGUUGAGAAAAAGUGGCGGAGUCAUCAAUUUGUCAUGAGUGAUGAUAGGGAUGGCUGAUACGGUCUUUUCCAUUUGAUUAGAAGUCCAGUUCCAUAGGACGUUAAUUUCGGCAGGAUAUACCCCUCU